AUCUCCUUCGGGCCCGGCCGCCUCUCCGGUUGUCGGCCGGCUUCAGGCCGCGGGCCGCCUCUGAGGGCAGAGUGCCGCCCGUCCGUCGCUGUCUCCUGUCCCCUCCUUCUGCUCCCAUCCUGUGGGACGGAGGUGGACAUCUUGCUGUUCACUAUUGUUGUGAGCUUCUAAAAGGUCUUAAACACAUUGCAGCUGAGGUGUAUUGGUUUGGAGUACUGGAGGUAGGAAUGAUGUAUGGUGUUUCUUCUUCCGAGAAAGGUGAAAAAUUUGGUCCCUUUGCAGGAGAGAAGCGAAUGCCACAGGAACUGGAUGAGAACACAGACUCCAGGCUCAUGUGGGAAGUUCGUGGGAGUAAAGGUGAGGUCCUUUAUGUCCUGGAUGCAAGCAAUCCACGCCAUUCCAAUUGGCUGCGUUUUGUCCAUGAAGCUCCAUCACAGGAACAGAAGAACCUGGCAGCCAUCCAGGAAGGGGAAAAUAUUUUCUAUCUGGCUGUGGAAGAUAUCGAAACAGACACAGAACUUCUGAUUGGGUACUUGGAUAGUGACAUGGAAGAAGAGGAGGAGGAGGAAGAAGAAGUAACUGUUAUCCAGGAAGAUGAAGAUAGUGGCAACAAUAAAGAAGCACAGCCAGCUGGUGAAAAAAUUGCAGAUCUCCUUACCUGCAAAGAGGACCAUGCAUGUCCAAACUGUGAAUCCAGUUUUGCCAGCCAGGAGAUUCUAGCGGAACAUCUUCAGACUUUGCACCAAAAACCCAGUGAGGAAAAGGAAUUCAAGUGCCGAAACUGUGGAAAAAAAUUCCCUGUCAAACAAGCUCUACAAAGACAUGUACUUCAGUGCACAGAGAAUACCAGCCCAGGAGACUCUUCAAGAAGUUUUCAGUGCUCUGUUUGCAAUAUUUCCUUCAGCUCAGAGUCGAGGUUUUGUGUCUGAGUUACUGGACUGCUGUCAUAUCAUUGCUGGCCUCCCUUUGCAUGUUAGCUCACACGCUUGCUAGUGUAUGUGAACCCUAACAGUGAAAGGAGUCAAAUGCUUUCAUUCCUAUUCGCUGUAAGUAAUGCAUGAGGUGGCCUUGGAACUCUGCAGUGCAGCAUGCAUUAAGCUCAGAGUAUACCUGUUAUUUGUCUGGUUUCU